GAAAACAACAGUUAUAUAGAAAUACCAAACUUGAUCUCAAUAUUAAUAUCAUAUUGAGAUCAAUGAAGGGUUAGAAAAUGUUUAGCCACCAAAGGUAUUGUAUAAUGAGUGUUGAAGAAGCAUAUCACACUUCGAAACCUAUCGAGGAUAUAAAUGAUGAUCUGCAAGUGCAGUCAAUCAUAGGACAGUUGGCUGUUGAAGACCAUAACAAGAAAACAGGAGACAAUUUGGAGCUUGUGGAUGUGGUGAAUGGUUUGAGAAGUGGAAUUUUUGUUCAACCUGGGAGUACUCAUGAAGGAAUAUUAUAUCAUCUUUUGGUGGAGGCUAAAACCAUAGAAGGAAUUAAUUGGACAUAUGUGGCCAAGUUGUUAGAGCUUUACGUAGGCUGCCGAAUAAGUUGUCGCCCCCUCUUCACAGUGCUCUGUCCGGCCACAACUUCCAUCAUCGAACCCACCUCCAUUCGACAAAGGUAGCCGCGAGCCAAAGCUUCCUCUUCGCUCCAUCAUGUCUUGAUUCGUGAAGUCGAGUUGAGCCGCUUCGUCAUCGAGCUCCCUGCGCAGGAUUUUCAAAGUCAAACCAAGUGUCAGCCUUGAGUUGUCGUCCUUGACGCUUUUCGUUGCUCGUUGAUGCUCUCUGUAGCUGCUACUCAAGUUUUGGUUAAGAUGGUGAUUUUGGUAGGUGUUCUUUUUUAGGCUUUAUUGGGGAUUUCUAAUAGGAAACUUGCGGUGGGUAGCAUUUUGAAAAUAUGACAAUAUAGCAAAUAUUGUUUUAGAAUUUUGCAAAUACGACAAAAUUCUCACGUCUGAAAAUAUUUUUCAUCUAAAA